UGGGAAUUACACAUGGCAAAGUGACAUUGCACUUCUAACAAACAACCUCGUCCGGCCAACGGCUUCAUAAGGGAGUGGUCUCCUUACACCAUUACCAAAGCCUCCACAAUGCCUCUGAUGCCUAGGAAAACUCUAGCCAUACUCUUGAUCUGGUGUCAUUUCGCCGCAUCUAUUCAAGCUCUGAUGCCUCUCUCUCAACUCAGAGGCCCAGACUACAGCAAUGACAAAUUUCCUCCUUAUCCACCCAUGACGAAUCUCGAUGGCACGAACAUUACCACCCAGAAUCUGAGAGGAACACGCCUCUAUGGUUGGAAAGGUUGUGAUGUAAGCGAGGCAAAAGCCAUCGCUGAGGCGUACGUCGAUUUUCAGAAACUGGCCAGUCCACUUGCGUCCAACAUCGACUGGGCGAGUAAAACUGCCGAAGACUUUUGGGGCAACGAUAAAGGUAUGCACCGUCUACCAGACGAUCGAAGGCGACAAAUCCAACAAAUCUUCCAAGCCCAGCAACAAAUGUACGCCAUCGGGUGGCAUUUACUCCCACCCUGGUGGAAGAGCCUUUGGAUUGAGGUACGAUGUAGCGGCGGAGAUGGCUCUGGAGACCCGCAGAAUGAGUGCAGGGACCAGAAGCCCAACGAUGGAAGAUGUGGGAGUGAUGAAAGUGAACCAACCGGUGGCGACGACAACUCACUGGAAGCAUUCGUGGAAUCUCCCACGUUCCACAAGCAGCUCACUUACAGUCGCAUAACAUUUUGCACUGGUUUCUUCAAUCUCCCUUCCCUGUCCGAGGUUAUGACCAUUACGCCGAAGAGACCAAAAGCUACGCGAGAAAACCUUGCAUCUUGGAACAAUCGCGCCCGCAUUUUUCUCCACGAGACGACACACCUGGAUUGGUUCAUGAACACUCCGCACGAGAGUCCGAUGGUCAAUGACCUCAAAAUUAUCUCCAAAGCGAGCGAGCAAGACAGUGAUGGUGAGUAUAUCAAAGACUGGACUUAUGGAGUCGCAUUUUGCAAAAUCUUGAAGAAUUAUGGUCGAUUGAGCCUAGUCGGCUUCUAUCCUCAGCGAAAUGCGGAUUCAUUUGCGUGGUUUGCCCUGGGCGCUUACAUUAAGCAGGUUACUGGAACGUAAGUUUCUCUCAUGUUCGUAUGCAGAUCGGACAUGCGCUCAUACGUACCGUGUUUGUGCA